AUGCAUCAGAAUCAUGGCUUUUUCUUUCUUCAUCAGUGUGAUCAAAAUCUGUUUAUCUGCCUAUUUAUCUAUUUAUCUCAGUCUGUUCAUUUUCUUUCUUUCAUUAUCAGUCUUUUCAUCUAUCUAUCUAUCUAUCUAUCUAUCUCAGCCUAUUCAUUUUGUUUCCUUCUUUCACAAUUUGUUCAUUAUCUAUCUAUCUAUCUAUCUAUCUAUCUAUCUAUCUAUCUAUCUAUCUAUCUAUCUAUCUAUCUCAGCCUAUUCAUUUUGUUUCCUUCUUUUACAAUUUGUUCAUUAUCUAUCUAUCUAUCUAUCUAUCUAUCUAUCUAUCUCAGCCUAUUCAUUUUGUUUCCUUCUUUCACACUUUGUUCAUUAUCUAUCUAUCUAUCUAUCUAUCUCAGCCUAUUCAUUUUGUUUCCUUCUUUCACAAUUUGUUCAUUAUCUAUCUAUCUAUCUAUCUAUCUAUCUAUCUAUCUAUCUCAGCCUAUUCAUUUUGUUUCCUUCUUUCUCACUUUUUUCAUUAUCUAUCUAUCUAUCUAUCUAUCUACCUAUCUAUCUAUCUAUCUAUCUAUCUAUCUCAGCCUAUUCAUUUUGUUUCCUUCUUUCUCACUUUGUUCAUUAUCUAUCGAUCUAUCUAUCUAUCUAUCUAUCUAUCUAUCUCAGCCUAUUCAUUUUGUUUCCUUCUUUCACAUUUUGUUCAUUAUCUAUCUAUCUAUCUAUCUAUCUAUCUAUCUAUCUAUCUCAGCCUAUUCAUUUUGUUUCCUUCUUUCACACUUUGUUCAUUAUCUAUCUAUCUAUCUAUCUAUCUAUCUAUCUAUCUAUCUAUCUAUCUCAGCCUAUUCAUUUUGUUUCCUUCUUUCACACUUUGUUCAUUAUCUAUCUAUCUAUCUAUCUAUCUAUCUAUCUAUCUAUCUAUCUAUCUAUCUCAGCCUAUUCAUUUUGUUUCCUUCUUUCUCACUUUGUUCAUUAUCUAUCUAUCUAUCUAUCUAUCUAUCUAUCUAUCUAUCUAUCUAUCUAUCUAUCUAUCUAUCUCAGCCUAUUCAUUUUGUUUCCUUCUUUCUCACUUUUGUUCAUUAUCUAUCUAUCUAUCUAUCUAUCUAUCUAUCUCAUCUCUAUUCAUUUUGUUUCCUAUUCAUUUUGUUUCCUUCUUUUUCAUUAUCUCACUUUGUUCAUUUUGUUUCCUUUAUCUAUCUAUCUCUAUCUCUAUCUAUCUAUCUAUCUAUCGAUCUAUGUAUAUUCGUCUGUUCAUUAUCUAUCUAUCUAUCUAUGUAUAUUAGUCUGUUCAUUAUCUAUCUAUCUAUCUAUCUAUCUAUCUAUCUCAGCCUAUUCAUUUUGUUUCCUUCUUUCACAAUUUGUUCAUUAUCUAUCUAUCUAUCUAUCUAUCUAUCUAUCUAUCUAUCUAUCUAUCUAUCUCAGCCUAUUCAUUUUGUUUCCUUCUUUCACAAUUUGUUCAUUAUCUAUCUAUCUAUCUAUCUAUCUAUCUAUCUAUCUAUCUAUCUAUCUAUCUAUCUCAGCCUAUUCAUUUUGUUUCCUUCUUUCUCACUUUGUUCAUUAUCUAUCCAUCUAUCUAUCUAUCUAUCUAUCUAUCUAUCUAUCUAUCUAUCUAUCUAUCUAUCUCAGCCUAUUCAUUUUGUUUCCUUCUUUCUCACUUUGUUCAUUAUCUAUCUAUCUAUCUAUCUAUCUAUCUCAGCCUAUUCAUUUUGUUUCCUUCUUUCUCACUUUGUUCAUUAUCUAUCCAUCUAUCUAUCUAUCUAUCUAUCUAUCUAUCUAUCUCAGCCUAUUCAUUUUGUUUCCUUCUUUCACAAUUUGUUCAUUAUCUAUCUAUCUAUCUAUCUAUCUAUCUAUCUAUCUAUCUAUCUAUCUAUCUAUCUAUCUAUCUAUCUAUCUAUCUGUAUGUAUUACACAUACACAUUUAACGAGUCGACAUCUAUCUAUCUAUCUAUCUAUCUAUCUAUCUUUUCCUUCCUAUCUAUCUAUCUAUUUAUCUCUAUAUAUCACAGUCUUUUCUCUAUCUGUCGAUUCAUGUCUAUCAAUCUAUAUCAUUUCUUUCUUUCUUUCUUUCUUUCUUUCUUUCUUUCUUUCUUUCUUUCUUUCUUAUUUCUUUCUUUCUUUCUUUCUUUCUUUCUUUCUUUCUUUCUUUCUUUCUUUCUUUCUAAUCCCUACUUUCUUUCUUUCUUUCUUUCUUUCUUUCUUAUUUCGUACCACUUUAUUUCUUUCUUUUUUCUUUCGUUCUUUGCCAUUUCCUAUACAUUACAUUUUUAA